GCAGAGUACAUAGCAUUGUUUAGUUAUGGAACUUUGUUAUUUAUCAUCCUGGCGGAAGAAUGAAUUAUCUACAGCAUGAAAGAACAUUAUCUACUGUCAACUUUAAUGAAAUAACAGUGAAUAUGUCCUGAAAUAGAAAUAAUGCCUUUUAAAUAUGUUAUUUACUUUUCUAGAUCAUUGCUUAGCUGAGUUAUGCAACUUCAUGGAUGAGACCCUUACAAAAAACAUCCCAUGAAAAUCACAUUUUCACAUGUGAUCACAUGUGCAGCCUUUCUGUCAUGGGGUUAGCUCAGAUUUAAAUGUUAAAGUGUGCUAAAAGUAAUACUUGUGAAAUAAUAUGUCCAUAAAUGGUUUAUGUGAAUAAUUUUUGUGUAUUGUACAAUACACAAAAACAAAACUAUUUAACUGUAAUUUAAAAAAGAAUUAAAAGAGAAAAGAAAAUUCAGAGAAUUAUAAAUCUGUUCCACACAGAUAGAGGGAGCCAAAGUGCUUACUAUCAAGUAAGAAAAAAGCUCCACCUUUCUACUUCCUCCUUUCCAUGACUUCUCCUAAACACAGAGGUUUCUCCAGGCUGGUCAGCUGCUUGCAGUCAGGACUUUUGGCCCAGCACAGAAAGAAGGGAGAGACGAUUAAAAAAGAAAUGGCAAGUGGCCAGAUGUCGAGGGACGAAGCCCUGGAAUGCACCAGCUGCAGGCAUGCAUGCCAUGUGAUGCUCUACUCUGAGACGGCAUCUCAGCUGUUUGGCAGGAUUCCCAUCCGGUACAUUGUACUGAUGCAGAUGCGCUUUGAUGGACUGCUGGGCUUCCCUGGUGGGUUCGUUGACCCCUCGGAGGAAACCCUGGAGGAGGGGCUUACCAGGGAAUUACUGGAGGAGUUGGGCGUGGCUGUGCCAAUUUCUACAGAAGACCACGUGGAGUCUUGUUUUAGCCUUCCUUGUUCAGGCAAAUAUUCCUCUUCCUCCCGCCUCAUCCUUCACUUCUACGUGAAGAAGAUAGAAGAGGAUCAGAUUCGGGAGAUAGAGAAAGCAGCCGCCUCCACCGCAGCCGAUCACGGUCUGGAGGUGCUGGGAAUGGUCCGAGUCCCUCUGUACACCACAAAAUCCGACGGAGGCCUCUCGUCCUUUUUGUCGCACUCUUUCAUCGGCGUUGCUCGCUCCCAGCUGAUAAACUCUCUGCUCCGCCUCCACCUGGUGUCCCCUGGGGCCCUCCGGGAAGCUCUCAGGGGCUCCCAGAGGAAGCACGCGGAGUCCGCACAGAACCUGCAGGAGGUCCUUAAACUGACAGGGGAGCAACCCUAAAGCACGUCGGCACGUGCACAGCCUGACGUAAACUCUCAUCUGAGCAGUUUGACCCUGAAACUUGCAGUUGCUCCCACACACACACACACACACCCCCACACACACACACGCACACACACACACACACACACACACACUGAUGACUCAUUCUUGGUUUUGAGUGUGUUAGCUUUUAAGCAACACUUCAUCAUUUCCUUUACCAUUUAUGGAGGCAAAUUCGGUAUCUGGUUUUCAAUCUGUUUCUGUCUUUUCAUUCCUUUGUAACAUAUUCUUGAACAGGAUUGUUUUGUUUUUUCUAAUGAAGUGCCUUAUAGCAGUUCUGCUACUCUGAACCUUUCCAGAUUUAGUCAUGUUGCCACCAGAGUAUUCAGUGAUCCUGUUGGGAUUUUAUGUGAAAAGGCCAACAGAAAGUAAUAUAACUGUUAAACAGACGGAAAGGAAUACAUGGUUUUCACAGAUUGCUAUGAAUAAAAAUCUGGUGAAACAAAAUGUCUUGACGAGUCGAUGCUCCCACAAUCCGAUACCAAUUCAAUUCAGGGCUCAUGUCACCAAUACUGAUACCAAUAUUUAUUAUUCUGUUUUGAUGUCUAAUCAAACUUCUGACCUUUGGGUUAUUUGUU